AUGCAACGAGUAAACUCUCCCGUCAUCGGACCAACCUCCUGUACCAUCACACUCCAAGACGCCAUUGAAAUCAGGGUGAGCUAUCUCUCACAACAUGAAAACUCUACCUUGACCAUUGGUUGUUUGCAACUCAAUGAAUUUGGAUUUUUAACCGAUGUUCUUUUCGAUGCAAGUUCUUCCUCCUCAUUAAAUCCAUUAUUUCAACUCUCCAAUUAUCACAACACGCUCCGAAUUCCCUCUGCCCAUCAACAGUGUGUUCAAUCCGAUCCGUAUGGAUUUGAAUACACUCAGAGUAUUUGUGUGAAACCAAAUUUGGCGCAUUUAUUUUCAACUCCAAAGGAACCUCUCGAUAAUGGAAUGAAACUUUUUCUGAAAGAUUUUAAAAAGCAGCCCAUGAAAGCAAAUACAUUUGUCGAUGCAUUGUAUCCUUCCAAAGUUGAUACAAUGAGAAAAUUACAACUUGGAAAUAGUGAAGAGUUGAUGAACCAAGUGGCAGAUCCAAUGAGAUCCUAUCGUGGAAGAACGAAAUGUAUUGUGAUUUAUUUCGAAGGUGAAUUCGAUAAGGUAUUGUCUCCACGUUCGAAUGUGACUAUUGAAUGUGGAACAGUUGUCUUGACAAGUGACAGCAAGGAAUCCUUUACAAGUAUUGGAAAACUUGUCAUUCCUUCCAGUAGUUUCAUCAAUGUGAAUCGUCUUGAUUCCAGCAGUGGUGUGUUUUUGGGAGCCAUUUUGAAAGUCGAAGGCAAUCAUCAAGAUGUUGUAUCAACACCAAGAGAAGCCAUUUCUGGAAAUUGUUCAUUGGAAUUAAUUGGAACCAAUUUGAGUGCUAACAGUACCUCCAUCAUGGACGCCUACAACAAUGGAUUGAUUCAUUCUAGCUUGAAAAAAGUAUUUUCCAAUGAGGAAGCAAAGGCGGUCAUUGAAAAGCCCUACAAAUACUUUGAACUUAAAAAGUUUAAUUCCAUCAUUCUCUCGACUUCUCAUUUCAAUACUGAAGAACGUUUCACUUUUGAAAUCAAACAUGGAAUUGUUGGAAAAAAUUUCACAAUUAAUUCAAAAGCAAUUUUAUUGGACAAUACAAACUAUGUCGUUGGACAAGUUGGAGAUUCUAUUUCCAGCAAUGAUGAUAUUCCCUCAAUUUCUGUACGCAGCGACUCUUUGACGGAUUACACUUUUUCCAUUGAUUUGAAUCAAGUUCCAGAACCAGUUGAAAAGAUUUUAUUCGUGUCUUAUAUUAAGGGAGGAGUUGACACAAACUUUGUUCGAGUGAAUGACAGUGUGUUGAAUGUCUACAAUUCCCAAGACGAAUUGGUGACAUCUAUUAUGGCUACUCCUGGUGCUGAAACUACCUUAAUUUUUGGAGUGUUACACAAAUUACCAUACAAGUCCAGCAAAACAAGAUGGGAACUCUUCAACAUGGAUCAAUACACGGAUGAACAUGGUUCUUUGGGUGCAUAUCGAUAUGCUGUACGUCAUUUACCAAUCGUAUCUCCAAUGAACGACAAACAUGAUGGUGAAAACACGUUUUCUGAACAUAAUCCAAUCUUUAGAAACAAGGGUGGUAUUCCAUUCUCACCAACUCAACCACUUCAAUUACGAUUGAAAUUAGGAAAGCGCUUACCUCCAUUUUUGUCUGAAAACGAAACGACAUGCAAUGUGAGCAUUUGUUACUUUGAUCCAUUGGGAUAUUAUGUCCAUCAAGAAAAUGCCAAACUCAUCAAAAACAAGUUCACUCCACAGUUUAAAUUGAACAUGAAAGAAGAUAUUGCAGAUUGCGUUCACACUGCAUUUAUUAAGGUAUCAUUGAAGUUGCCACAAAUCACUCUAAAUGAUGAACCCAGUCGAUAUGAGGAUAUUGAUGUUGAAAAUGAAUCUCCAAAAAGAAUUUUUUCACAUCAACAUGUUGCAUCUAUUUUGGAUGAACAAUUUAAAUUGCUUUUAUCUGUAGAGCACAAUGUGAAUGAAUAUGGAUUUAUCGUUCACGAAUUUGAAAAGAAUGAGCAAGAGGCCAAAAUGACCACAGAAAACAUGUCAAAUGAAACAGUGAUCAAGCCAUUAUUUGAAACCAAUGUCGUAUUGAUCAAGUUAGAGAAAAUUGACAAUUCCUCCAUUUGGAAGUUCACACCAAUUCGUAACCUUGUUCCAAACGAUUCUUUGACAUGGGCUCAAAUUGUUAAACAGAGAUAUCUUGCUGCAUUGGUGAAAGCACGAGAACCAACAACCGUUCUGGCCCUCAACACAGCAAAAACUCUACCUUUAACGUCUGAUGUGAACUUUAAAGGCAAAUUUACUCAUGUCUUGUGUAUGGAGAGGUCUGAAAAUGUCACGUACAAACCCAAGAUCAACAUUUUAACUCCUACAUCAUUUUUAGAGCUUAACGAUAGAGGGAACAAUGCAUGUUCUUCAGUUCAAAUUAUUACAAAUCCUGACAAGUUUUAUUUAUGUGGAGAAAAUUCAAUCUUUGAAGUGGCUUUUCAAGAAUUUGAUUUCACCGAUGUUCUUGAAACUGUGUUAAAUUUGGAAUUAAUGCAUGAUUUGAAUGAUCAAACCAGUCAAUCUUUAAUUUCCUUAAAACUAUUUGACUUGAAAACAAGAACAGAAACAUUUAAAAUUGAAAUCAAUCCAUCUUCAUCGAAUUGGAAAAACAACGGCGAUGUAUUAUCUGUAUUGGCUAUUUUGAAGGACCUGUCAAGGAAGAUGAUUCAAUUCAAACGUAUCAGUGUCCUGAAUGAAAAAAAUUACAGUUUAUUCAUGAGCCCUAAAACCAUCAAGGUCACUAUUGAAAAAGCAGAAAUUCUAAUUUCCAAUAUCAAAGAACCCAAGGCGUAUGUGGCAUGCAAGUUUUCUGAUGGAAAAUCGUUGGGCGCUAAAAAGAAUUGUUUAUACUCUACACAAGUUUGUUCAAAAUCGUAUUCUCCAAGUUGGAACGAAACUUUUGAAAUACCAAUCAUUGCAGGAUUAAGAAACGACAAACGAUCUUUGGUAGUGCAUAUUCUUUCAGCCAAAAAAUUCAAAUCUGAUCUUUAUUUGGGGUGUGUCACUUUGCCCAUGCAAAAAUUGGUCCCAGGCAGUUAUGUCUAUCCAAUAGAAGUCAAUCCACUCGAAAAUCAAGUAGAAAAUAUUAAGGGAAAUAUGCACUUGAGCUUUGAAUUCAAGUGGGAUUGA